AGCUAAAAAAACUCUAGCUGUCCACUUUCUCCAAACUUCAGCCUCUAAUAAUUCUCUUUCAUUGCUUUCUUAUUUUAGCUUCCAAUUAAAAACACUCUAAAUUAACCUCCACCGCUCAAAAAUAUCACCCUUCUUCUUCUCUUUCUAUAUAUACCCUUUAUUCCUUCACUUGUAAAGCCACCACCUUUUCAUCAACUAGCUCUUGUUCUAUACUUCUAGUGUUUAGAGCUUGUGCUAGCUAGUUCUAUGGCUUCUUCAAAGUCUUCAGCAACUAUGAGUCUCUUUCUCAUUGUCAACCUUCUCUUCUUCACCUUGGGGAGCUCUUGUGGCAAUUGCCCUACACCAAACCCACCAAAACCUACUCCUUCACCAUGCCCACCCUCUGGUGGUAAUGGCGGUAAUGGUGGUAACGGUGGUAAUGGGGGUAGUGGUGGCAAGUGCCCGGUGGACACCGUUAAGCUUGCAGCAUGUGCCAAUGUGCUUGGUGGCCUCCUCAACCUUAACAUUGGCAAAGUCCCUAAGGCACCAUGCUGCUCACUCAUUAAUGGUUUGGUGGACCUCGAAGCUGCACUGUGUCUUUGCACUGUCAUUAAGGCCAAUGUGUUGGGCCUCAUCAACCUCAACCUCCCUGUCAACCUUAGCUUACUCCUUAACUACUGUGGCAAGAGAACUCCAAAGGGUUUCCAGUGUCCAUAAGCUCCAAACAAUUUGAUGAUGGUGGUGGUGGUGAAGUUCAUUUCUAGUUUCUGCAACCAUUGUUGGAUUUCCUUGGUCUUGUUUUGAUUUCUCUCCAUAGAGUGUUUGGUUUGUUAUUUAUUUUAAGUCUAGCUUGAAGCAUUUCUAGUGAAUAAUCAUGUAUUUCUCCUUUUGGAAAAGGUUAUGUAUUUUGAAUUGAUGAUUCUCUUUGUUUUUUCGAUAUUAAUGAAGUCUAUUCUGAUA